AUGAACUACCAGCAGCAGCCUCCUCCGCCGCCGCAGCAGUACCAGCUGUCGUAUCCUCCUCCGAAUGGCAAUGGCUACACGACCGCGCAGGGUAUCGAUGGCGAAAAGUACUCGUUCGACCAGACCUUCAAUAUCCCCAAGCCAAAGUACAAUGACUUGUGGGCCGGCAUUCUGUUCAUCCUGUUCUUCAUCGGUUUCGUCGUCGUCUCGGCCAUUUCCAUCCACGGCUACGUCAGCAACUUCACCUUCAGUGGCGACGGUAUCUACGACAGCAGCAACGACUUCUCCCUCAACACGAAUACCCUUAUACUGUUCGCCUUCUGCCUUGGAGUGGCCCUAAUUCUCUCGUACGGCUACGUCUGGGUCGCGCGCAUGUUCCCCAGGCAGUUUAUCUGGGUGACAGGUCUCCUCAACAUCGUCUGGGCCAUUGGCACGGCCAUCUUCUACCUUUACAAACGCUACUGGUCCGCGGGCAUCGUGUUCCUCAUCUUUGGUCUUUUCAUGGCCUUCUGCUUCUAUACCUGGAUCUCGCGCAUUCAAUUCUCGGCCCUGAUGCUCAAGACCGCCAUUGACAUUAGCAAAAACUAUGGCCAUGUCUACCUGGUUAGCUUUAUUGGAGGCUUGGUAGCCACGGCGUUUGGCGCUUGGUACUCUGUCACCCUGGUUGCCAUCUACGUAACAUACCAGCCAGCCGACAACAACCCCUCCUGCUCCGAUGGUGGCUGCAGCCAGGGCAAGGUGAUUGGCCUCAUAGUCUUUGUCACCUUUACUAUGUACUGGAUCUCCGAGUGGCUCAAGAACACCAUCCACACUACCAUCGCUGGUGUCUAUGCUUCUUGGUACUUCUGUGUCCACAACUUUCCUCAGGAUGCCACUCGCGGAGCUGCUAAGCGUGCUCUCAGUUACAGUUUCGGAUCCAUCAGCCUGGGCAGCCUGCUGGUGGCCAUUGUCCAGUUUCUCCGUCAGAUGUGCUCCGUCGCGCGCCAACAGGAGGCGGCUGGUGGAGGCAUCAUCGGAUAUGCCAUCUUCUGCUGCUUGGGUUGCUUGCUGAGUCUCCUGGAGUGGGCCGUUCAGUUCCUCAACCGAUAUGCCUUCUGCCACAUCGCGCUUUAUGGCAAGGCGUACUUCCCAGCCGCCAAGGACACCUGGAAGAUGAUCAAGGAUCGUGGCAUCGAUGCGCUCAUCAAUGAAUGCCUCAUUGGCCCUGUUCUCUCCUUCGGUGCCCUUUUCAUCGGUUAUGUCUGCGCUCUCCUCGCGUAUCUCUAUCUGCUCUUCACCAACCCCGCGUACAACAACGACGGAGCCUAUACCCCUGUCGUCAUGGCAUUUUCUUUCCUCAUGGGCUUCCAGAUCGCCAACGUCUUUACCACCCCCUUGUCCAGCGGCAUCGACACCAUCUUCGUCGCGGCCGGCUGGGAUCCGCAGGUUCUGGCAAGCGAUCACCCCGAGAUCUAUGCCGAAAUGGUCCGGGUCUAUCCCAAGGUGCAGCACGUCAUUCGCGAUCGUUGA